AUGCUGCCGGACCGCGGGGCCGGCGGCACGGAGCCUCCUCGCCGCCCGGCUCCCCGACCUGGAGCCGCCGCUGCCCGGGACCACCCGCUGCGGGCACCGAGGGAGGCUCCGCUCACGGGGGUCCCGCCGCCGAGCGCUCCCGCUCCGUGCCGCUCGCAGCCCCGCACCCCGCCUCAGUCACACACGCCGAGAACGGAGCCCGGACACGGUGCUGCCUGCCUGCCUGCCCGCCGCCACCGCCUCCCCGUUCUGCCCUGUCCCGCCCGCGGCCCCGCUACUGGCAGUGAACAUCUUGCCCGCUCGGCCCCUCUAUAUAGGGCGGACCGGGCUGCCGAGCCCCUCCCCCGGGCCGGCCCAUCCCGCCCCGCAUUCCCGGGACCCCCCGCCUCCGCCCCGCUCCGCCCCGCCGCCGGGGGAGGUCCCCGACGGAAACGGGGACGGGACGGCACGGCCGGUGCUUUGCGCUGCUCGGGGCGGGCGUCCCGGCGGCCCCCGGCGUCUCCAGCCCGCCCCAGCCCGGCCCCGGCGAGCGGACUACAAGUCCCGGGGUGCGCCGCGCCCCGCCGGAGCGCCAUCUCGGGUGCGGUGCCGCGGCUUAGAGGAACACGCACGGGCGCUAAAGGUUCGUGCUCGGGGCUGGAGACGCAGGGAAGCUGGAAGCACACGGGAACCACUGGAUCCCCGCAGGAUGCCCGCGUUCCUGGGGAUCCUCUGCUGAGCUGUGAGAAACCGCUGAGGAAAACCCCCCCGUGGCUUCUUGGUCUGUCAGCCAGGUACAGAGGUCACUGA